AUGAUUCUUGAAAUUUUAACUUUUUUAGCACUUCGCAAUCAACAAACGAAGAGAUGUGCAAUUGGAUUUCAAGGAUCAAAUAAUACUCUAUAUAAAUUUCAUAAUCUUUCGAAGAAACACGUUCUUAAUCCACCAGAUAACUUUCAUCCAUUUCUAAUAUUAUCAAAAGAUGUUGUAACUGAUAUCCCAACAGAAUUACCAUGUGAUUGUAAUGAUGAGCGCCUUUCAACACAUGGUUUGCCUUGUAGAGUUGAUUGUGCGAUUCGUUAUUUCUAUUACAAUCUCACAGAACCAUGGUUUUAUCUAGGUGGAGAUGAUGGGUGGGUAAAUUUCAAUGCUUUUGAACAUAUAUUAGAUGCACUUGAAUCAAAUUACGAUCCUUAUACUACAAAAAUCUUUGCAGGAAACUUGCAGCAAAUGCACAAUGUUAGUUUUCCUCAUGGUGGGCCUGGUUGGCUUGCUUCGAGAUAUUUUAUACAGUCUUUUCUUGAAUCAAAAAUUUCAAUAGAAGACACUUCUAAUAGAGAUGAAUCAUACAUUACAGAUGACAUUGCUAUGGGACUUGUUCUACGAGAAAGUUACUCACAACUAAGAUUUUGGGCAAAUCCGUGGUCACUUGUGGCCUUACCUCAUCCCAACUGGCUAAAGAUAUUUAAGCGCAGAUCAUGGGAUGAUCUAAAUGAAUGUAGUCCCGAUAUUGAAAGAGUUAGUGUCAGAGAUGUAAUGAUAGUUCACGUCACACCUUACAAUCCUGACUGGGUUGCCCUUUUAGAUAUUUUCCCUGAAACACCAGCAUUUGUAAAGGUUCAAACAACAAAAUUUGUUGUUUCUGAUUUUUGCAAAUGUACUUCGAAAUGGUGUGACUUACGGAUCACCAGUCAAUCUAUUCGGAAAAGGUUCAGACCUGAACAAUAA